AUGUAUUUCUGUAUCCUUCAGCCAAAGCAUUUUGUUGAUUUUCAGAAAAGGAAAGGAGAAGCGUGGCCCGGAGAACAGGGCGCCGCGAGCGAGCGGCACGGAGCGCGGGGACCGCGGUCUGCAUCCUGCGCGCCGACGCGCCCGGCCCGGCGGCCUUGGGGGCUGCGCACCGGCCCGGCUCUGCUGUCGCUGCGGAAAGUCACAGACCAGCACGAACGCGUAACGACAGAAAGCGGGGCUGGAACCGUGCGCACCAGCAAUUUCGCACAGGAAGCUUUGGGAGAUGUUGUUUACUGUCUGCCUGAAGUUGGGGCAGAAUUGAACGAACAAGAGGAAUCUGGUGCUUUGGGAAGUGUGAAAGCGUCUAGUGAACUCUAUUCUCCUCUAACAGAAGGAACUGAAAUUGAUGAAGCUCUAGCAGGGAAUCCAGGACUUGUCAACAAAUCUCGUUAUGAAGAGGGUUGGCUGAUCAAGAGGACACGGAGGAACCCUUCAGAACUAGAUGAACGAAUGAGUGAAGAAGCAUAUGAGAAAUACAUAACAUCUACUGAGGAGUGA